CUUUGUUGGUGACAUUGCAACUUGAUGUUGCGCAGGAAACAUCUACGUGGUAACAUUGGACUCUGAAUUUUACUGAGUCAAUGUCAGCCAUUGUUGAUGUGAGGCAGAUGUGAGAGUAAGAGUUUAGUCUAAAUACGGACGUCACCGACAUUAAAGAAAUGUGAUAAAUGACGGAGUCUAACGGAAAAAGAAGCAAGAUUUUUAACAUCAAAAAUAUGCAUCCGAUUUCGGAACUUAGCACGAAUGUGCCAGCUUUUCUGGGGAAGCUCUGGAAACUCGUCGAGGACUCUGAAACCGACGACCUUAUUUGUUGGGCACCAAAUGGCAGGAGUUUCUUUAUUAGGAACCAGGCCCAAUUUGCAAGGGAUCUAUUGCCACACUACUACAAACACAACAAUAUGGCCAGCUUUGUGAGGCAGUUAAAUAUGUACGGGUUUCACAAGAAAGUUUCAGUUGAAUUAGGUGGUUUGAAGUGUGAUAGGGACGAAAUGGAAUUUGCACAUCAAUACUUUUUGAAAGGACAUCCAUAUCUGUUGGAUCACAUCAAAAGAAAGAUAGCAACAGCGAAGAUACUGGACCCAUCGAUCACUUCAGUGAAGCCAGAACUCAUGACGAAAAUGUUGACGGAAGUGAGAAGCAUGAGAGGAAAACAAGAUCAUUUGGAUUCAAGACUGGAGAAUAUGAAGAGGGAAAAUGAAGCCCUUUGGAGGGAACUUGCGGUUUUGAGACAGAAACAUCUGAAGCAGCAGCAGAUUGUCAAUAAAUUGAUUCACUUCCUCGUCACCAUUGUACAACCAUCAAGGGGUGGUGGACUUUCUGUUAAGAGGCGAUAUCCACUCAUGAUAGACGAUUAUAACAGGCAGCGUAGCAAACAAAGUAAAAUGAGCAAGGCUCAAACAUCACCCUUGGGACCAGUGAUUCAUGAGCUAGACAUCUCUGAGCACGAUUUAGAUUCAGAGUACAUAGUCGCUGAGAUGCUAGAAAAUCAACAAAAUCCAACAGUUCAGAGUCCCGAGCACCAAGCCCAACCGGUCGCGGAUGAAGAUAAUUCCGAGGUUCUUCAUUUCUGUGAUUCAGUUCAGAUUCCCGAAAAUAUUCAGUGUGUUCCUCAAAAAGAGAGCGAUGGCAGAAAGAGACGAGCGAAAGGCAAAAAGAAGAGGAAAAGCACCGUGCCUAUCAAAAUUUCGAUCCCUUCGACGGAGUCAGGAGAAGAAUGCAGGGAGGAAACGAUCAUGGUCGAAGUACCCCAAGAAGAAGAGCCCAUACCGAUUUUUGAAAGUAAUUCGCCAACAACUCCAAAGCCAGUUCCACUGGCAACAGUUAGAAGCUCAAAGUUAGCCGCGAUGGCAGCUAAUUUGAACAAGGAUGUAGAACAGGAAUUGGAUCCUGAUUUAUGCAGUGGAGAUCUCGACGAGAUUGACGAGAUUGACGAGAUUGAGGAGGAAGUUCGAAACAAUCCUGAAAUGGUGAAGCUCGAGAAUAUUCUGAUUAUUCCAGAAAUACUGUCAGAUGACAAUGCUGAGAGUGGAGAAAAUAGGAUGGCGAGUAGCACAAGCAGCUUGAGCGAUCACAGCAAGAAUAUCAACAGUCCAAACAGUGUUCAGAGUCUCGACUUUGAGGAGAAUGCUGCUAGGGAGCAGGAACAGUUUAAUUUUGCUGGUAGUAGCAAUAACGGAAACUCGGAGGCUGAUAAAAAUAAGGAGCCAACUGGGGCAAGCACAAGUGCUUCUACCGAUAAUUUAUCUUUAAGUCGUUUCAAUUCCUCUGGCCUGGCAGAUGAUGCGUACAGGUUAGCUCCAACGGACGAAGUCGACAAUCAUCUCGAAACGAUGCAAAGUGAACUGGAAAAUUUGCGAGAGAUUUUGCGCGGAGAAGGUUACAGUAUUGAUGCCAACACAUUACUUGGAGCUGGAAAUAUAAUGAUUCAACCGAAAAACGAGGAGCUUUUCCUGAUACAAAACAAGGCGCAUGAUUUGUUUGGGAACGAAGAUCCGAUGUCGUUUGGAAUUCCUAUGAACCCGGAGUUGGAUCCACAUUCCAAUAAGGGAGAUAAGGACGAAGGAGAAACCAACGAUGGAAGUAAUGGAAACAAUGGAGAACUCAUGGCUUAUAAUCCGAUCCCAACUUUAAUGGAUUUCGACGAUGAUAUGUUUCUAAGCGCCGCAAUUUCACCUGCCACAAAUUCUGCCACAGAUAUCAGACCCACCGGUGCAUUCAGUUCCGAUCCUCUGGAAUUGGGAGAUAGUAAAAAUUCGAUUCUGGAUUCACUGAUCGCAGCGAAUAACGAUCAGGAUUCGAAUACAUAAAUUACUCUUUCAUGUUCGGUUUGCUGACUGUUAGCAAUUCGCAAAUUUCCACGACUUCUAUGCUUAAGGAAAAAAGCGAACAUCAUUUUUACGAUAAAGAACACAUUUUUUAGGUAAAACGUGGUUUUGAAUUUCACAGGUUUAAUGACACAAAAUAUAACCGCUGUUAACAAAACUUUCCUUUCAUACUUUCUUCACUGUAGCGUUUCUGAUAAAACAAAAAAGAUACUCAUCGAAACGAAAAUCGACUGUCUGUAAAUACGUAAGGUUUCUUGAAUUUCAGUCAAUAUUUUUUUUGUAAAAAUCAAAAUUUCAAUGAUCGAGAAGUACUGAAAUUUCAUGAAAAAUUACUGAGACAAGGCGUUUUAUUGUUUUACCAUAUAAUUCUACGUUGGAACAUAAGAAAUGUAGAACUUUUUUUCUACAUUGUAAGUCGAAUCUGGCUCGAAGAAGCACUUGCAAUUAUUUUUAAAGUUUUAUUUUUUGUAAUAAAGUUGUAAUAUAAAAAUACUGAGGACUUGUAAUAAGGAAUAAACUUGAUAUGUAGGUGACGAUCAUUUUU